AUGGGCUCCAGACUGCAACAGUGUUUGGUGGGCAAAGGGUUCAAUGGGCUCCAGACUGCAACAGUGUUUGGUGGGAAAAGGAUUCAAUGGGCUCCAGACUGCAACAGUGUUUGGUGGGAAAGGGAGUCAAUGGGCUCCAGACUGCAACAAUGUUUGGUGGGUAAGGGAUUCAAUGGGCUCUUGACUGCAACAGUGUUUGGUGGGAAAAGGAUUCAAUGGGCUCCAGACUGCAACAGUGUUUUGUGGGAAAGGGAUUCAAUGGGCUCCAGACUGCAACAGUGUUGGGUUGGAAAUGGGUUCAAUGGGCUCCAGACUGCAACAGUGUUUGGUGGGAAAAGGGUUAAAUGCGCUCAAGACUGCAACAGUGUUUGGUGGGAAAGGGAUUCAAUGGGCUUCAGACUGCAACAGUGUUUGGUGGGAAAGGGAUUCAAUGGGCUUCAGACUGCAACAGUGUUUGGUGGGAAAGGGAUUCAAUGGGCUCCAGAUUGCAACAGUGUUUGGUGGGGAAAGGGUUCAAUGGGCUCCAGGAUACAACAGUGUUUGGUGGGAAAAGGGUUCAAUGGGCUCGAGACUGCAACAGUGUUUGGUGGGAAAAGGGUUCAAUCGGCUCCAGAUUGCAACAGUGUUUGGUGGGGAAAGGGUUCAAUCGGCUCCAGAUUGCAACAGUGUUUGGUGGGGAAAGGGUUCAAUGGGCUCCAGGAUACAACAGUGUUUGGUGGGAAAAGGGUUCAAUGGGCUCGAGACUGCAACAGUGUUUGGUGGGAAAAGGGUUCAAUCGGCUCCAGACUGCAACAGUGUUUGGUGGGGAAAGGGUUCAAUGGGCUCCAGGAUACAACAGUGUUUGGUGGGAAAAGGGUUCAAUGGGCUCGAGACUGCAACAGUGUUUGGUGGGAAAGGGAUUCAAUGGGCUCCAGACUGCAACAGUGUUUGGUGGGGAAAGGGUUCAAUGGGCUCCAGGAUACAACAGUGUUUGGUGGGAAAAGGGAUUGUCAUUACCGUCCACCAACUUUACCUCAUGCACAACAUGGCUGGUUAAAAAAAGAAAACACUCAGAUUGAUGUAAAUACAUGGAGUGGUCUGUGUGAUGGCAAUGGUAUGUUACAUGAUUAUUUAUUAAAUUUCACUAAAGAGUUUCUGCAACAGGAUCACCCUGCUAAAUGGGCUGCCAUAGAUUUGAAUGCUGGCCACAGAGCAGAAGAUGAAUCUAUCAAUCAAGUUGACAGAGAGUUGGCAGAAUUUCUUAGAAGUGUGUUAUCAGAAAAUAACAACCUCACAGUGUUUAUCUUAGGUGACCAUGGUAAAACGUACCAAUCAUUUCCAUCGCAUAUUGGUGGUUAUUACGAGACUCAACUACCGUUUCUUUCAAUUAUUUUACCAAAUAAGUUGCUAGAUGAAAAUCCUUCUAUGGUAGAUGUACUUAUUGUUAAUCAAGAGAGAUAUAUUGUGCAAUCUGAUUUACAUAAGACUAUGAAGUCGCUGAUUCAGUACCCGCUAGCUGUUAGUGGCUCCGUUGCUCCACAAGCAAUCAACAUACUCACUGAUAUUAUUCCAAGAAACCGUACAUGUGAGGAAGCUGGCCUUCCAUCUUGGAGUUGUGUUUGUGGGACAAUGAAGAAAAUGAGCGAUUUUGAAUGGCAAGAAAAACACACUAGGAUGGCUCAGUUAGCAUUGGAUUUUGUGAAUGCUAAGCACAAACAGCUAAAAAAGAAGAAUAUUAGUUCAUGCUUGGAUCUGCAUCUCAGUAAGAUAAAUCAUAUAUUCAUGAAUGAGAAUCCUUCAUCAAAUUCUGAAUGGACCACGUUAUAUCAAAUUACUUUUCAAACUAUAGAGAAGCUCACCACAUGGCAGGCUGUGGUGGAUGAUUUGUUUGACAUAAAACAGGUGAAGCAUGUGAGCUUAUAUCAGAGGUUUGAAGUUUGUCAGGAUAAAGAAGUCCCAUUACAGUAUUGUGUAUGUGAUCAUCCUACCAAUUGACAUCAUGCAAGAUAUGGAGUAUUAACCCACUAUAUGAUGUGUACUCUUGUAUUUAGUUUAUGAGACCGAUAGCUCACAUUUCUCAAUCAGGAAAAUGCCUGGUUGUAACUAGCACUGUGCACUGUGCUGUACAGUAUGAAGUCAAGUUUUGU